AUGCCUCCACUUAGCAAAAUUUGGUCACAUUUUACAAAGUGUAAUUAUUGUUCACAUAAAUUGUUUGGUACUGCAAAUUGUUGCGAACAACAUCUUAAAAAAUGUACACAAAAAUGUUGUAGUAUUGAUAUAGAUGAAUUAUCUGAAGUGGAAGGGAAUUUAAAUGAUGAAAUUAGGAAAGUUGAUGAAGGAAGUGAUAAUGAAUCAAAUGAGUCAAAUAGCACA